CCAAAUCUAUGUCGCGUGGUCAACGGUGCUGUUCCUGAGACCUCAAAGCUUCUCGAGCUUCAAUGGGAUCACAUCUUCUACACAGGGAAUGGCAGGGUCGCUAGGAUCGUCGCCAGUGCUGCGGCCAAGCACCUGACGCCGCUCUCACUGGAAUUAGGUGGGAAAAGUCCUGUCAUCGUCGACUCCACAUAUGAUAUCGAUCUUGCCGCAAAGAGGAUCCUGUGGGGUAAAUGCAACAAUGCGGGACAGGCGAGUUGAUAUCUGCGUGGCACCUGACUAUGUCCUCGUGCAUAAGGACAAGCAGAACGAGCUGGUCAAGGCACUUCAGAAGCAUUACAAAUCGUUUUUCCCCAAGGGUGCACUGGAUUCGCCAUUGUUUGGAAGUAUCGUGUCAGAUUUGCACCAUAAACGCCUCACUUCACUUCUUUCUCGCACGAAGGGUGAAGUCGUUCUUCAGGGUCGUUCUGAUGCUGCGAGGAGGAGACUUGAGCCCACCAUCGUCAAGGAUGUCGCGGACGGCGAUUCCUUGCUGGAAGAAGAACUCUUUGGUCCGAUAUUGCCUAUCGUGCCCGUAGAUUCCUUGAAGCAGGCAAUUAACUUCGUCAAUGCACGAUCUCAUCCACUGGUUCUGUACGCUUUUAGUGACAACGAAAGCGUGAAGCAGCAGCUUGUCUCCGAAACACAGAGUGGUGGUAUUGUUUUCAAUGACACAUUCCAACAACUCUCUGUGAAUGAACUGCCAUUUGCGGGGGUAGGCGAGUCAGGCUACGGAAACCAGUUUAUGAAAUAUACCUACGAUACGUUCACGCAGCUUCGUAGCUCUAUUGACAUGCCGAAAGAGGCUGAACCACACCUGGCGAUUCGAUAUCCGCCUCACUCGGAGGAGGCAGUGAAGGCGCUCACUGCUGCGGUAUAUAUGCCCAUUCCGCCAAGCCGUCUGUGAGAAGAGAUCAACGGGGGUGAUGCACUAUCUUUGAUUCAGAUAUCGUUGCAUAUGUAAGAUAAUGGGAUCCGAACCAUGGAUUACCGCCUUAGGUUGUACUAACGGAACAUUGUUAUGUACCCGCAGUUUCAUUUGGAGCAGGAUAUGCUGUGACUGCGCGAUGUACCCCAGAUACUAUGGCCAAUCAUUUUUCAGACAGAACAAUCAAAUAAGAAUGGACCAGAUGCUGUGCCUCGAAGAAUAAGCGGGAUAAUUGGGGGCACGUACGUAGACGUGAGCAAUGUUGGUGAUGAUCAGCCUCUGAAGAAGACU